AUGUCGACGCAGACCAAGAAGCCCUCUGGCAAGGCCACCCGAUCCGCCAUCGCUGAUGUCGUUGCGCGCGAAUACACAAUCCACCUCCACAAGAGACUCCACGGUGUCACAUUCAAGAAGCGGGCACCAAGGGCUAUCAAGGAGAUCAAGGCCUUCGCAACAAAGUCCAUGGGCACCACCGAUGUCCGUCUUGACCCCCAACUGAACAAGAAGGUCUGGGAGGCUGGUAUCAAGGGUGUCCCGUUCAGACUGCGUGUCCGAAUCUCAAGAAAGCGUAACGACGAGGAGGGUGCGAAGGAGAAGCUGUACAGCUACGUUCAGGCGGUCAAUGUCAAGGAUCCAAAGGGUCUGCAAACCGCUCUUGUCGAGGAUGCGUAA